GGGAGACGCGAAGUAGUCGUUAGCCUUUUCUUCUAGCGCUUUAAAUUACCCGGUUUUUUACCUGUACGAAGGUCCAGACAUCGGCGUCACAGCAGCGCACUCUAUCCGUAUAAACAUCAGUUUUAAUAAUGCCUCGAGGCGGGAAAAGGUGUCACAAGGGCCGGGGAAAGCAGUUCAGCAACCCAGAGGAGAUCGACCGGCAGAUGAGACAGCAGAAGGAGCUGGAAGAAAAGGGCGGUGCAGAAAAAGAGAGCUCUUCAGACUCUGAGGAAGAGAGCAGCAGUGAUGACGAAUCUGAGAACAGAAAGAGGAGUGGAGUGGAGGGUCUUAUAGAGAUCGAGAAUCCAAACCGUGUGUCUCAGAAGAGCAAGAAAGUGGCUGAACUAGAUGUUACGGCUCCCAGAGAGCUGACACGCAGAGAGAGAGAGGAGAUAGAGAAGCAGAAGUCAAAGGAGCGCUACAUGAAACUCCAUCUCGAGGGGAAGACGGAUCAGGCCAAGGCUGACCUUGCCAGACUUGCCAUCAUCAAGAAACAGAGGGAGGAUGCUGCCAAGAAGAGAGAUGAACUCAGGAAAGACAAAGAAGCAGAAGAUGCCAAAGGGAAGCGCUAGACCUCCAUCCGUAAGCUUCAUCACGCACUUCAGUCUCAAAGGGAUGGAGAGAGGAGGAAAACGGGGAGGGGACCAAAUGCAAGUUGUGUGAGAUCAGGGGUGCUCCUGAACUCCUGUCCCUCAUUUUCAAAUCAGAGGGUUGUGGGUCUUCCACAACAGUGUGGUCAGGACAGGGGGGGGCUGGGUGGAGAAAGGCAAGAUAAAGAGGAAUGCAACAUUUGGGAUGCCUCUAGUGUUCUUUAAAAUUUCAAGAGGCAACAUUUGCAGGUUUUCCAAGUGCUUCACUGCCUCUUCACUUUUCUUCACUGACCAGGGUUUUAAUUCUGAAGCUGCUGGAGUUAUUUUCAUUCCUUUUGAUUCAUACAUUUUUACAAACUUAUCUAAUACAAGUUUAUGACUGGACAGGUAUUACAGUGAGGGUGCAUGAGAAUUCCUUGGUGCUUUACUUUUCUUUCCAUCUCACUGGUUUCAUAAGAAGGCAAAUCAGUGAAAUGGGGCGAAAAGAACACUAUUCAGAGGAGAAACGGACAUAUAGGAAAUAUACUAUGGAGUUAUGUUUUUUUUUGUUUUGGUUUAAAAACGGUAUGCUGUACCUCAGCUGAGUGUAUCUGGUUUCAUAAUGCAAUGAUAUAAUUUCAUUAGUUUUCAGCCCCUUUUAUGAUUUUGGAGAUUUACAGAGUUUGAAGAAUUAACUGUCCCAUCUGCCACAAUAUGUUUAGAAAGGUUAAACUUAUCACUGUUAGUUCAAAGGUUUUUCAAAAUGUGUUCUUUCGUCCUUUGCUCAAAGCACCAGGAAUAUUACUUGAUUCGCCUGUGAUGAGCAGUUUUUAAUGGUUGAACAUCAGUACUGGAAAGCGUCGUCUCAACCUGCCUCAGUGACUGUGGCCUUGCCCUGUUUCUGAUGGGAUCCUCUGUGGUCCCGCAGGAGCGAUCGCGUCUUCUGUUGCCUUUUUCAAAGUUUACACAAAGCCUGUAAAUGUUCUCUGUCCUGUAAUUAAACCACUGCAAAGAACCUUCACUCAGUUAGUUUGUCAGGUAUUCUACAUCAGCACCAGUAAUAAUAACAUUCUCCAAAAUGAUCACAGACUCGACUCCUCUCUGACCGCCAAACUUUAUCACCUUUACAAUGACGACGUGCACCGCAGGGCAUUUGUAUGAUUUGGACUGCACUGUGGAAUUGGAAAUGUCUUAAUCGGG